GGAAUUGCACUCAAAUGCGUACGAAGGACAUAGUUCACAAUCCUGGGUCAGAAUGGUCCUUACUUUGGAGACUCCAUCCAAUCUAGGAUCGACCUGACCUUCCUUACCGACACCGAGAUGAACACGGGACACUAUAACUAGGUUGGCAGUUACUACGUUGGUAUCUCUCGCGUUCUUGACGAAUGAGAUGCGUCCCUUUCGUGCUGAUGCGACCGAGCCAUCUUGGUGCUCAAUGGUCGACGCGCACAACGGUAACAGUACAGAUACAAAAACCAUUCAAACAAACUUCAGAGAGUUUCAGAAUACUCACGGAACUUGAAACGGCUAUAAAGAUUCCCUAUGCCACCUGCGAAGCGUAGAAAAACCGGCGGUGCGGAGAUGAAGACGAAGACAAAGACCAGUGAGCGAAAGCCGCUCCCAGUGACUGUUCUCUCUGGGUUCCUGGGAAGUGGUAAGACGACCUUACUCAGGCACAUCCUGCAGUCACCGGACCAUGGCUUGCGAAUCGCCGUUAUCGUCAACGACAUGGCAUCGGUGAAUGUCGACGCGAACCUCAUCAGCCGUGGAAACAGCAAGAACAACAACGGGGAGGUCCGUGUCAAGGAGAAGAUGAUUCAGAUGGAGAACGGUUGCAUCUGCUGCACGCUCCGCGGCGACUUGCUGGUUGAACUUGCACGCCUUGCUUGGAACGAACAAGGAUUUGACCAUGUGGUCAUAGAAAGCUCUGGCAUCAGCGAGCCACAACAGGUUGCGGAGACUUUUACGACAGAGCUUACUGAGGCAAUGAUCGACGCCGAAGGGAUGGAACCUGAUGAGAAGGAGGUAUUCGCCAGGGUCGCGAAGCUCGGCGGUUUGAAGGCCAUUGUGACCGUCGAUACCAUGGUAACUGUGGUGGACGCCUUCCGCUUCUUUUCCGAAUUCGAUACUGCUGAGUUCCUGCAAGACCGUUUCGGAAGGGACGAGGUACCAGACGAAGACCAGCGGACUAUCUCCGAUCUCUUCGCCGACCAGAUUGAGUUUGCCAACGUUGUCAUCGUCAACAAGAUCGACAGGGCAGAUAAAGCAACUCUGGGUCGUGUCAAAGGCUACAUCAAGUCGCUCAACCCAAAAGCUAAGAUCAUCGAAUCCAGAUAUUCCAAGGUAGAUGUCCGCGAGAUGCUAAACACGGGGAUUUUCAACUUUGGUGAGGCUGUCGCAAGCGUUGGAUGGCUGCAGUCGUUACAUGAAAUGACAGUCAUGGAUGUUCAUGGCAAGAAGCGUAUCGCGCCUAGGCCGGAAACACUGGAGUAUGGCAUCGGAUCUUUUGUUUAUCGCGCCCGAAAGCCAUUCCACCCACUGAAACUAUACAAGCUCAUCGAGGGCAAAUUCAUUCUUUUACAAGAGGAGGCCGAAGAUGUGGAUGACGGCGAAGAUGACGAAGAGGAAGAUGAAAAUGUGGUUGAUGGUUCAUCUGAAUCUGGAAGGGCCAGCGUCUCUGGGGACGAUUCCGAUGAGAUGAGCGAUGACGACGCUGCCCCUCCCAUGGAUGACAAGCAAAUUCUGGCCAACAAGAAGGCAUGUGCCUACUUCGGUGGCUUGCAUCGAAGCAAGGGCAUAUUUUGGCUCGCAACGCGUCCCAACCAAAUGGGCUCAUGGAGCAGCGCAGGCGCAAUGCUGACGCUCGGAUCUGAGAUGCCAUGGUUCUGCUGCGUAGCUGAAGAAGACUGGGGAGCCGACGACGAUACACUAAAGGCCAUCAGGAACGAUUUUGAGGGCGAGUGGGGUGACAGGCGACAGGAGAUCGUUUUCAUUGGGGAGAAGAUGGAUGUUGAUGGGUUGACGAAAAAACUCGAUGCAUGCCUACUUACUCGCAGUGAGAUGAAGAAAUGGGAGGAGGUUAUGCACGACGAGAAAUCGGACGAUGAUGAGAAGGAAGAGACUCUGCAGGAGAUUUGGGACGAUGCUUAUUGGGCCGAAUGGCCACGUGCGCAAGAUGAAGAGGAGCAUGACCACGCUCACCAUCAUGGCCACAAGCACUGAGCAAUGAUGUGGGCGUUGGCAGUGUCAAGUUACAGAUUGUAUGGGAGGAACCAGACGCUAGCAGUGAUGUCAUUCACGCUAGGGGAGCUUCUAGCCGAAGAUUCCGCCAGUGACCAUCAGUUGGGCGCAGCUCUGGUUCCUUUAUACAUAAGCUUUUUACAUGAGUAUUGCGAGAUGGAAUAUUUGACAUAGAGAAUGGAAAUUUUGCUUAGUUUGAGAAGAUCAAGCAGCUUGUUCAUAGCUCUAUUUGACAGACCAACUGUAUUGCUCGAGUCGUUCAGCCUACGAAGGUAACGUCGUUCAACACCUGGCUGUUGAAGUUCGUUCAACGACUUCUCAAGAUUUCGGAGAAAC